GCCUGGCCCAGCAGGCCCAGCAGCCCCGGGGCGGAUGGCACGGGCCGCCUGUCUCCUCCGCGCGAUUUCGCGCGCCCUCCUCCCGCUGCCUCUGCUGCUCCUGUUGCUGUUGCUCCUGCUGCCGCCGCUGAUGGCCCGGGCCAGGCCACCGGAGAGUCACCACCGUCACCACCCUGUGAAGAGAGGACCUCAGCUCCCGCAUGCAGCUCUGCCUUAUAGCUUAACAUCUGCCCCUGCCUCCCCCUGGGUCCCCAGUCCUGCUGGUAGUUCCAGACCUCUACGAUGUGGUGUGCCUGACCCGCCUGAAGUACUGAAUGCCCGGAACCGACAGAAGCGCUUCGUCCUGUCAGGAGGGCGCUGGGAGAAGACAGACCUCACUUAUAGGAUCCUCCGGUUCCCAUGGCAGCUCGUAAGGGAACAGGUACGGCAGACGGUGGCAGAGGCCCUCCAGGUAUGGAGUGAGGUGACCCCACUCACUUUCACCGAGGUGCAAGAGGGACGGGCUGACAUCAUGAUCGACUUCGCCAGGUACUGGCAUGGGGACAACCUGCCGUUUGACGGGCCUGGGGGCAUCCUGGCCCAUGCUUUCUUCCCUAAGACCCACCGAGAAGGGGAUGUCCACUUCGACUAUGACGAAACUUGGACUAUUGGGGACAACCAGGGCACAGACCUGCUACAAGUGGCGGCUCAUGAAUUUGGCCAUGUUCUGGGGCUGCAACACACCACAGCAGCUAAGGCCCUCAUGUCCCCUUUCUACACCUUCCGCUACCCUCUGAGCCUUAGCCCAGAUGACCGAAGGGGCAUCCAGCACCUCUAUGGCCGGCCCCGGCUGACCCCCACCUCCCCUACCCCAACCUUGAGCUCCCAGGCUGGGACGGAUACCAAUGAGAUUGCACUGCUGGAGGUAACAAGGAGACUGGUGGGAAGACAGAGCCGGAAACCCCGCCAGAUGUCUGUGAGACUUCCUUCGAUGCCGUUUCCACCAUCCGAGGCGAGCUCUUCUUCUUUAAGGCAGGCUUUGUGUGGAGGCUGCGCAGUGGGCGACUGCAGCCCGGGUAUCCUGCUCUGGCCUCUCGGCACUGGCAAGGACUGCCCAGCCCUGUGGAUGCAGCUUUUGAGGAUGCCCAGGGCCAGAUUUGGUUCUUCCAAGAGAUGUCAACCUAGAACGUCCAGGUGGCAGGACUUCAUAAACUCAGGUGCUCAGUACUGGGUAUAUGACGGUGAGAAGCCAGUCCUAGGCCCUGCACCGCUCUCCAAGCUGGGCCUGCAGAGGUCCCCCGUCCAUGCCGCCUUGGUCUGGGGUGCUGAGAAGAACAAGAUCUACUUCUUCCAAGGUGGAGACUAUUGGCGUUUCCACCCCAGAACCCAACAAGUGGACAAUCCCGUGCCCCGGCGUGCCACUGACUGGCGAGGGGUACCUUCUGAGAUCGACGCUGCCUUCCAGGAUGCGGAGGGCUAUGCCUACUUCCUGCGCGGCCAUCUCUACUGGAAGUUUGACCCCGUGAAGGUGAAGGUCCUAGAAGGCUUUCCUCGCUCCAUAGGUCCUGACUUCUUUGACUGUGCAGAACCUGCCAAUACUUUCCGCUGACAACACUUUAGAUGCAUUCAGGGGUACCGAUCCCCCAUGCCGGGGCACUUAGAUCGUUAAAGGGACCCACAGCCGUAUUUGUGGCUCUGGGAUUCAGGCAUGCGACAGACAGGGCCUAUGUCUCCUCAGGGGAGUGGGUUGGGUGCAGCCACUUUUUGCAUGGAGGACCAUGCUGGUCAUGGUCCCCUGCCAACAACUGUCUCAGACUAGGCAAGGGCUUUGGCAUUACUUAGACAUAAAGGAGGUUCUGGGGGCUGACAGUAUUUCAGCUACCAAUAGUCCACGCUCAACCUGGCUGCCCAAGGUCUCCAUCUCCAUCCCCCAAAGCAGAACCCCCCACAGGAAUUCAGGAACCACUGUGUCUUCCUUCUGUUCCUGUAAUGAGGUUCCUGUUGUUGUUGGUGGUGGUGGUGGUAGUGGUGGUAAUGAGAUGCCCAGGGUACCAGGAUCCCCCGCACCCCAGCUUAAGCAACUGGGCUAGUAUCUUUCCUGGUAAAAGUCAGCUCUGGAGAGAUAUUGGACUGAUAUAUUCUGGUAGGUGAUUCAGACAAGUGUUUCCUGAAACUCAGGCCAAAAGGUACACAGCCAGCCAGGGAGGAGGCAGCUGCUUCCUCCCAGAGACACUGAACCUCAAAGGUCCCACAUACCUCACGGCCUUGCCCCAGGCCAUUUCUUCCUGGGGCCCUCUUCCUAGCACAGGUACCCUCCAAAGCCAUGUAAAUGUGUAUACAGUGUAUAAAGCCUUUUUUUCUUUUCUUUUCUUUUCUUUUUUUUUUUUUUAAAAAAAAGCCAAAACUGUCAUUAAACAUGAGUGUUUUCUAAAUGCC